UGAUGACAUGCCUGAGUCGCGAUUCCACGUGACGUCGAGGCCUAGACCAUAGCCACUGCCCAUGACAUCUCAUCUCCGACACGGAACGAGCUACUUCCUUCGCUCUCAAGCGAGUUAUCAAUUUACCGCCCAGUUCGAAUGGCAAUUUGGCAUAGAAUGUCUACAAUAGGUUAAGGCACAUCGGAUGUCAAUCAUGCUUUAAAUACCGCUCUGAAUCCCUGUCGCCGUGCCGUGAUCUCAACUUCGUUCUCCCAACCCCUCUUCCGCGUCCGCCAUGCCCAUGUCGAACACCUCCACGACUUCCCUCCACGAAAAGUCCGCCGCGCGCCGCGCGGAGAGCCUCACCCAUCUGCCCAACUCGGGCUCAUCGCGCCUGGACUUCCGGCAUCUGAGCUUCCAGGUGGGCGUGAAGGGCCGGGAGUCGCGCUUUUUGGUCGAGGAUGUGUCGGUCUCUGUGCGAGCGGGAGAGCUCCUGGCUGUCAUGGGCCCAUCUGGUGCUGGGAAGAGUACACUGCUUGACCUAAUGGCAUUCCGCAAGCCCGCUCUUGAGGGCGCGUCGGUUCGUGAAGUCGCCGGUAGUUCCCCUCCCGCGCAGCAGGUUGAUAUCCAUCGUCGACAGAUCAGUCUCAACGGGGAGCCGCUGAGUGCCACGAAAAUGCAAAAGAUGUCGACCUUCGUCGAGCAGGAGGACGCGUUGCUAGGCGUGCUAACGGUCCGCGAGAGUGUCACAUAUGCUUUGAGGCUGCAUUUACCUCUUCUCGGACGUCGAGCGGUUGCUGAGCGUGUCGACACGGUCUUGGCAGCUCUGGGCCUUCAAUCCUGCGCCGAUCAGAGGAUAGGGACCCCCAUUUCAAGGGGCGUUUCGGGGGGCCAAAAGCGGCGCGUCACGGCUGCUUGUGCUAUGGUCACUUUCCCGCGCAUCCUACUGUUAGAUGAAGUGACAUCUGGUCUGGAUAGCACCUCCGCAAGAGAAGUCAUGUCGGCUAUCAGAACCUUAGCAGUGAGUGAGGGGAUGAUCGUCAUCGCCUCCGUUCAUCAGCCGUCGCUCGAAACUCUUGCCCAAUUCACCGAUCUCCUCCUGCUUUCUGAGGGUAAAACAUGUUUCUUGGGCAAGGUGGACGAACUCGCGGGCUUCAUGCAGCGUUGGGGCCAUCCUGUCGGCAGAUUUAUGAAUCCCUCGGAUCACGCCAUGAAUUUCCUGAACAACGAUUUUUCUGACACAGAUGAGCGCAGAGAACUGGGAACCGACGCACACAGCUUCCGACAGUUCUACUUGUCAACAUCGAUGCACGCCGGCUCCAAUGAAAGCGGAUAUGAGAGCGAAUUGCACCCGUUGGUCGGCGCUGCUGGAGAGCCUGAGCAUGGAAAAGCUGGUGUUCUGGCGACUCUCCUCUGGAAUACGCUGGUGCUGUCUGAGCGCACUGCGGUGAAUUAUUCACGUAAUCUGUUGGCGUAUGGUGUCCGAAUGGGCAUGUACGCAGGGAUGGGUGUGAUGCUAGCCCUUAUUUGGAUCAGACUCGGCACCGAUGAUUCCAAAAUUGAUGAUCGCCUGUCGGUCCACUUCUACAGCGUCGCAUUCCUGGCUUUUAUGUCCGUCGCUGGCAUCCCUGGCUUCCUGGAAGAACGCGCAGUCUAUUAUCGCGAAUCAAAAAACGGGCUCUACUCGACACUUCCAUUCGUACUUUCCAAUACAUUGGUCAACAUCCCCUUUCUCUUCGCUUGCGCCUUUCUGUUCACGGUCAUCUGCUAUUGGGCCAUCGGGCUUCAUUCGGGUGCUGCGGCGUUCUUUCGCUUCCUUGGGUUCUUGUUUUUGGCCAUCUGGGCGGCCGAAAGUCAAGUCAUCAUCGUCGCGUCCAUUAUCCCCAUCUUCGUGGCAUCGCUGGCCAUCGGAGCUUUCAUCAAUGGAUUCUGGAUGAGCGUUGGGGGUUACUUCAUUAAAUCCCGCUCGCUUCCUCGCUUCUGGUAUUACUCGUUCCAUUUCAUGGACUACCAGCGCUACGCGUUUGAACUCUUGGUCAAUUCUGAUCUACGUGGUCUUUCAUUCAAAUGUGUUACCGCAGGCAUCAAUGGCGACUGCGCUUGCGCCUAUCCAUCCUCGACUCCGGAUACCUGCACGGUUUCGGGUCAAGAUGUUCUCAACUACCUUGAAAUCGGCUCGAUCGGAUACGGCAAAUGGGCUGGGAUCCUGAUCGCCAUCACUGUCAUCUAUCGCAUCGCAUUGUACUUCACUUUGAAGAUGCGGACCGUCUGAGCGCGCGCUUGUGUCUGUUCCAUGUCUUGCAUCUAUUGUAGAUUUGUCGUCAUGUACUGUAGAUCGGAUCAAGACGAACUGUUUGUGUCUGCCUCGCAUUGGGUGUGAAAAUCGAG